AUGUAUGGACAGAACUGUUCUACCAAAUGUGGAAAUUGUUAUAACGAAGAACAAUGCGACCCGAUCACUGGAGAUUGCCCCAAUGGCUGCUCCAUGGGGUUUGGUGGUGAUAGUUGCAGUUUCGAUAAUACAGUUAUGGUAUUGAUAAUAAGAGCUUUUAUUAUUGCUGGAUCUAUUGCUGGUGGAAUAUAUAUUAUUGUUAUGAUUUUCUGUACAGUAAUGUGUGUUGGAUCAAGGAGAAAAACAAAGCGAGAGAUGUACAUGGAUGAUAGCCCAACAUUUGAAGAUGAAAAUGUACCCCCAGUACAAAUGAGAAGAGGAACUGGACGCGAUGGAAUAUUUAUGACUCAUCUGAACAGCUUAAUGAACCUUGGGCAAACUCCCAAAGGACAAAAAACAGUAACCAAAGAGGCAACAUUUAGACUUUCAAGGGAAAAUAACCUGUAUGCAUCCAGUGGACCUUCAUGGAGAGACUCCGAAUUUUCUGUUUUAUCCGACAACAAUUACAUCAACAUGAAAUCUGGGGUAGGACCGCCAAGAACAUCGGGAGGAUUGAUUUACGCCAAUGGAAUAUUAAUUGAUCAAAAUUCAGCACCUCCUCGGGGUAGCUAUGGCGAUAUUUUGAACCAGUACGUCAAUCUAAAGAGGGGUCCCAGCUCUAAAAACGUUUCUCAAGAUGUACCUCCAUCCUAUUCAGAUGCCAUCUACCAAAACUCUGCUAUAACUAAUGUCUAAUUACGCAGUCUAUCUUAUCUGUCGACAUAGAUGAUGUAAAAUUCACAGUGUUAAGGUCAAUGUUCUCUGAUAUAUUUAUAUAUACGACAUCUGAAAAUCAGAUUUUAAGAAGUCUUCUUGAUCAAAAUAAAUAUAAAUCCAAGAAUUGCUGUCCAAUGACAUACAUUUUUUUUUAUUAAUUCUGUGUAGGAUAUACAUAUUUUUUUUUAUUAAAGUUCUAUUACGUCAAAUGAGUUUUGUCCGAAUUUUGAUGACACUUACAUAGCCCUGUAUAUUAUACUAGCCACAGAUGAUUAUCGACAAGCAUCGGAUCAGAAAAAUUUGAUGGUUUAAAACUAUAUUCAAAUAUAUAUCCCAAAUACAUCUACCAAAAGUCGAAGGAGAAAGCCGAAAUUUCAUCUAUUCUCAAAGGUUAUUUAAAGCUAUUGUGAGUAUCGGGGACACUGAUAGCAUCAGAGAUUUGCACCAUUAUAAAAGCCAAAAGUCAAUAUUAAUUUCCUUUGCAAAAAGAAAAAUGCAUAAUGUCGAUUUGUGAAAGUACAUUUGUAGUAUAGUAUCUUGAAGAAAAUACAUUUGUCAAAUUGUAAAAGUUCAAAUGUAUAUUGGUAAUUUUUAAAUGUGUAAAUGUUCAUUAAAAGUUCAAUUGAAGCAGUUUUACCGACAAUCACUUUUAAUGUAAACGAGCAGUUUACCGAUAACAUCAUAACCUACUAAGUUUUCACUGUUUCGGUUAACCAAUCGGUUUUACCUACGGUCAUUACCAUCUUUUACCUUUUGUUGUUUAUGAUGGUAUCGUUAAACAGUUCGUCUACAAUAAUUGUUUGCAGAUAUCGAAAUGAUGGGAAAUUCCAUCGAAAAGAGAGGGACAGAGAACUUGCAAAAUGCUGCAAAUUGUCUCCU